UGUACCAUUGUCGCUUCAGACUAACUACAGGAGCCUCAGUUUGCACUUCAUAAUGAUCGGAGUGAGUCUUGCUUGAGUACAACCAUAUCAUAACUGCAGUGUCUUGAUUGCAAUACUCAUUUCAAGCUAUGGAUCGUUUUUGGGCUGCCCCUCCUGUCACCAGGACUUUGACCGCCCUUACCUUUGCCCAGUCUGCACUGGUCUAUGGUGGUUUGCUGGGUGCUCAUCGAGUCAUCUUCCUACCAGAGUUGUUGUUCAAGCUUCCGCCUGAUCUGUGGAGACUUUUCUCGUCUUUCCUACUGACCGGGCCACGGCUGUCAUUUAUCUUUGAUCUUUACUUUUUGUUCACCUAUGGCAGUGGUUUGGAAACAGAUUCGCCGCGCUUCAGUUUACCGGGUGAUUUCUUCACCUAUGUAUUCUUUGUAGCCACCGUUAUCCUGCUCACCGCAGGUUAUCUGCUGAAUGGUGUAAUCUUCACGUCCGCUUUGAUACUCGCUUUUGUCUACACAUCCGCGCAGGAUAAUCGAGGGAGAAAGACGAAUUUUUUCUUCUUCCAGAUCCCGAUGGAGAUGGUACCUUGGGCUAUGCUUGGUGUCACCUUAGUGAUGUCCGGGUGGCCUGCUGCACUGUAUGAGAGCACCGGAAUACUUGCUGCUCAUAUGUACGAUUUCCUGACGCGGAUUUAUCCGGCAUUCGGCGGUGGUCGAAACUAUCUCACCACACCGGCCUUUGUGAGAAGGCUCUUCUCGACUUAUGUGCCUAGAAGCGCGAAUCGAGCCUAUGGAACUGCAUACCGACCAACAGGCCCGGCGCAAAAUCCCUCAUCAAGCGGUUGGACUUCGUCUUUGCAGAGUCCUUGGAGUGGCCGCGGCCCUGGGCGGAGAUUGGGGGGGAAUUGAGUCUUGACAGACCCAACAUGUAAUCAUCAUUUGUCUCGAGAUGGUCUAACUCGGAGGCGACCAGCUGUCAGACCAGGUUGUCAAGGAAGCAAAGUCAUUGCAUUGCAAUUGCAGGAUGUGCAUAAAACAGCCAAACAAUUAGUACUGAAUCUACUCGCGUAAUC